AGCUACACAUCACAUGGGGCGCUAACAGCCUCAGUUCACAUAGAGAGCCCUUUAUCUCCCCAACAUUAUUGCUCGAACACAACCAAAAUAGCAGAGGAAAUUACUCAAAUAAAAUCAGAGGAAACUGAUGCAGCAGGGCCCAGCACGUAUUAGGCAGAGGAAGAGCCCUCAUUUCCAUUGAGAGAAGAAGGAAAAAAACUAAAGGGGGGAAAAGGAAAGGUUGGCACAGGAGCCCUGGAGAGCUGGCAUGGUGCAGGAGAGGCUGGCAGCCGCAGACACAACGCCCUAGCAGAGACUUGGGAUGGUCACUCACUCUGACACCAGCUCCAUCAACACCACUGGCCUACCAGGUGGACAAUUGAACACGAUGCUGGAUCCUAUGGAGGUACCAAGUCAUGCGAGACAGCUUCUCCUGCAGCUGAACAGCCAGAGGACUAAAGGCUUCCUGUGUGAUGUGAUCAUUGUGGUACAGAAUGCCCUGUUCCGGGCACACAAGAACAUUUUAGCUGCUAGCAGCGUCUACUUGAAGUCGCUGGUUGUUCAUGAUAACCUGAUCAACCUGGACCACGAGAUGGUGAGCCCCAGCAUCUUCAGGAUCAUCCUGGACUUCAUCUACACGGGGAGGCUAGGGGAUGCCGAGCCCAGCAGCGAGCAGCUGUUUGGGGCAGUAUUGGCAGCUGCCAGCUACCUCCAGAUCUCUGACCUGGUAUCUCUGUGCAAGAAGAAGCUAAAGAGAAAUGGCAAGUACUGCCAUGUAAGGACAGCAGGCUACCCAACAUUUGGGAGUCUUGGAAGGGGCUUAAGGGCCACAACGCCUGUUAUCCAGUCUUGCUUUAACUCCACGCCUAGACCUAUAGACAUAACAUCAGGUGAGCCUGUGAACCCCAUGAACACACAUUGUGGAGAGCUCUAUGCCUCGGUGUCUCAGGGGAAUCAGCUGCACCAGCAUGGACUUUGCCCUCCAGAAAGGCAUUGCUCUCCAUUGUGUGGACUGGAUCUUUCUAAGAAAAGCCCCAGCCGGCCUUCUGCCCAGCACCAUCCAGAUGGUGACAACAGAGAGCCCUCAGUCCCAGAUAGUCCUCCAGUAGCUGCAAGUGUUCUCACCAACCACAGCUCCUACAAAGAGCCAUCCCACCCUUACCAAAAGCUGGAAAGCAGCAGUAGUACCCCACCUACCCAGCACUCAGAGUCCUAUAGAAACAACGUCCCUAAUAACCACCUUAGCAGGACUGAGAGCAGAGAUCUGAUGUUUGAUUGGAUGAAGCCUGAACCAAUGGUCAACUAUGUGGAUGAGAGUGACAGGGAGAAGGAUCUGGACAGAGAAGACAAAGGUGAGGGCUCCCCUUUAUCUCAGCAACCCAGAUACCCCAGCAUUGAGAGUAAUGAGCCUGAUGAUGAUAAAAGCACCAGUGAAGAGACUGGCAGCAGUGGGGACCCUUCACCCUCUGCCAACCUGGAGAGAUACCACUGCAACCAUCUCUAUGAGCCAGAAAGCUAUGGAGACAACCUCUAUGUCUGCAUUCCUUGUGGGAAGGGGUUCCCCAACAGUGAACAACUCAAUGCCCAUGUGGAAGCUCAUAACGAGGAAGAGCUGUACCAUAAAGACAGCAUGGACCAACCUUUGCCCUUCCUAGACAAGUCCAACCAGAGCUUAGGGGACAUCAUAAGACCCUACCGCUGCUCUUCCUGUGAGAAGUCCUACAAAGACCCGGCCACCCUUCGCCAGCACGAGAAGACCCAUUGGCUAACUCGCCCAUACCCAUGCAGCAUCUGCGGGAAGAAGUUCACCCAAAGGGGCACCAUGACCCGUCACAUGAGGAGCCACCUGGGCCUCAAACCAUUUGCCUGCGAUGCUUGUGGCAUGCGCUUCACCCGCCAGUACCGGCUGACAGAGCACAUGAGGAUCCAUUCUGGGGAAAAGCCAUAUGAAUGCCAGGUGUGUGGGGGCAAGUUUGCCCAGCAAAGGAACCUCAUUAGCCACAUGAAAAUGCAUACCACGGGACCAGAUGGCAAACCCAAGCUGGACUUUUCCGAUAGUGUCUAUGCCAUGGCCAAGUUUACAGCUGACCACUUGGGCUUGAAGCAAGAGAAAGCUGCUGAGAUCCUCUCCCAGACCUCACACUUCCUCAAUGACCCCAAAACCAUAGAAAGUUUGUACCCCUUGGCCAAGUUCACUGCAGAGCAUUUGGGACUGACCCAGGAGAAGGCAGCAGAGGUGUUAAGCCAAAGUUCCCACCUGGGCGCUGAUAGCAGGAUCAUAGAGAGGUUCUCCUCCCCAUAAAGAUGCUGAGCCUCCCAUUUUAGGGGGUGCGCAAUCCAAAGCACAUGCGCAGCAAUGGACAAUAUGGACAGUUAUCACCAAAAAGGCCACCCUUGCAUCCCAGGUGUAGAGGUGGGUCUCCACCAUGAGAGCCAAAGACCAAUCAGUGGCAUCACUGAGGGACCAGGAGGAUGAGCGCACUUUGGGAAAGCACUUUGAAAGGGACUUGUGCAAAGGCAAAGGUGCACUAUCCCACAAGAGUCUUACAAAAAUGUAUCCUUCCACCAUCUACUCAACUUUUCCUCGGCCCAAAGCUGGUGGGGAGAGUUGCUGCUUAUUUCCCCCCCGUGAAUGGUGGACAUUUUUAUACAUAUAUUAUUAUUGUUAUUUUUUUUUAUUCUUCUUUUGUGAGGACAAUCGGAUGCAGAAAUCAGUAUUUCCCAUUACUAUGCAAUACUAAAGCCCUGAAAUGAUGUGAACCGAGUGAACUUAAUUACCUAUCCUCAGAGGAUGUUUGUUUAUGACCCUGACUUCCAUUUAGAAAUUAUAAGGGUCGAUUUACUAAAACUGCAGAGUGCAAAAAAAUAGUGCAGCUGUGCAUGGCAGUCAAUCGGAUUCUAACUUCA